AAGAAAACUAAGAACUUCAAUCCACCAACACGUAGAAAUUGGGAAAGCAAUUACUUUGGGAUGCCCCUCCAAGAUCUGGUUACAGCUGAGAAGCCCAUACCACUAUUUGUUGAAAAAUGUGUGGAAUUUAUUGAAGAUACAGGGUUAUGUACUGAAGGACUCUACCGUGUUAGUGGAAAUAAAACUGAUCAAGACAACAUUCAAAAGCAGUUUGAUCAAGAUCAUAAUAUCAAUCUAGUAUCAAUGGAAGUAACAGUAAAUGCUGUAGCUGGAGCUCUUAAAGCUUUCUUUGCAGAUCUGCCAGAGCCUUUAAUUCCCUAUUCUCUUCAUCCACAGCUAUUGGAAGCAGCAAAAACCCCAGAUAAAACAGAACAUCUUCAUGCAUUGAAAGAAAUUGUUAAGAAAUUCCAUCCUGUAAACUAUGACGCAUUCAGCUAUGUAACUACACAUCUAAACAGGGUUAGUCAGCAAACUAAAACCAGCUUAAUGACAGCAGACAACUUAUCCAUCUGUUUUUGGCCAACCUUGAUGAGACCUGAUUUUGAAAAUCACGAGUUUCUGUCUACCACUAAGAUCCAUCAAUCUGUUGUUGAAACAUUCAUUCAACAGUAUCAGUUUUUCUUUUACAAUGGAGAAAUUGUAGAAACUGUGAACACUGUGGCUCCUCCCCCACCUUCAAACCCAGGACAUUUGGUGGAGCCAAUGGUACUGCUUCAGUUACCACCACCAUUGCAACCUCAGCUGAUACAACCACAAUUACAGACCGAUCCUCUUGGUAUUAUAUAAGUAGGAAGUGAUUGCAGACAGCCUGAAAUUGGACAAAAAGCAAAUCUAAACAUGCAUGUUUCAGGGUUCAGUAGUAUACUUCAUGUUUCUUACAGAUAAUUCAACUCAAAAUGA